AUGACCGAUAGAUCACCUUUAUUAGGAAACAAUAAUAAUAAUAAUGAUAUUAUUAGUAGACUAACACAAUUCUUUGCUGAUUUAUCAGAUUUUGAAAAAUCAAUAAGGGAUUAUGGCACAGGUCGUGAUACUACUACAUUUAGAGCCGCCAUACAUAAAAAGAAACUUGUUUUGGGUGAGGAUCUUAAAAUUAUGACCCAACAAAUAAAACAAUUACCAUCCUCAAAACUACAAAAAUUCCAACAAGAAAAAAUAAUAAAGCAAUUUAAAGAAGGUCAAAUGAAAUUUGAAGAACUUUUAAAUUUAAGUAAUAGAAAAGAAAAUCAAUCACAACCCAUUACACCAAUUCAAAAUACUGAUAGUGGCUAUAACAAUAAUAACAACAAUGGUGGAUAUGGAUAUAAUAAUAAUAACAAUAAUAAUAAUAAUAAUUUUGGUAAUAAUAAUAAUAAUAAUAGAAAUAAUGGGUAUGGUAAUGUUAAUACUAGAGGUGGCUUUGGUAAUACAUAUCAACAAGAACAACCAACAUAUGAUGACGAUGUCGAUAGAUUAGAACAAGUAUUGGAAGAGACAGAUGAUCAAGAAUUUUAUAAUCGUAUUGUAGACGAAAGAAAUGCACAAACUAAAGAGUUGGUUAAAGAGGUCGCAAUCAUUAGUGAUAUUAUGAAGGAUAUAUCAGGUUUAGUUGAAGAACAACGUGUUAUGCUCGAGCAAGCUGAUGAUAAUGUUGGUAAGGCCGAUAUUGCAGUAGAAGAUUCUGUUCAAGAGCUCGAAAAAGCAUAUGUAUAUAAAAGUUCCGCAAGAAAGAAAAUUAUAAUUUUAAUGGUUUGUUUAGGUUGCACAUUUGCUGCUGUUGGUGUUUUCCUCGCUAUUUAUUAUGGACUUAUUAAAAAGAAGAAAUAA